GCUGUUUUAACAAUUGUGCUAAUCGAAGCGGUUAAAGGCUUGUUUUUGAACUUCUCUCAAUAAACCCUGAGAAAGUAACAGUGCUUCCUGAAACCAUCAAGAAAGAAAAUGUCGGUGACAUUGCAUACAGAUGUAGGUGAUAUUAAAAUAGAAGUCUUCUGUGAAAGGACACCCAAAACAUGUGAAAAUUUCUUGGCUCUUUGUGCCAGUAAUUACUACAAUGGCUGUAUAUUUCAUAGAAAUAUCAAGGGUUUCAUGGUUCAAACGGGAGAUCCGACAGGUACUGGAAGGGGAGGUAACAGUAUCUGGGGCAAGAAGUUUGAAGAUGAAUAUAGUGAAUAUCUUAAGCACAGCGUUAGAGGUGUUGUAUCUAUGGCUAAUAAUGGCCCAAAUACUAAUGGAUCUCAGUUUUUCAUCACCUAUGGGAAGCAGCCACAUCUGGACAUGAAAUACACAGUAUUUGGCAAGGUGAUAGAUGGUCUGGAGACUCUAGAUGAACUGGAGAAGUUACCCGUAAAUGAGAAGACAUAUCGACCUCUUAAUGAUGUACACAUUAAGGACAUAACUAUUCAUGCCAACCCAUUUGCCCAGUAGCUAUAAUAGACCUGGACAAAUAUUUGGCAAACUAUUCAAGGAACACACCUAUUAUGGUUUACUCAGUUUUAAUUAUGUCAAAAAUUGCAGCUUGUUUAUAACUAAGAUCUUCUGUGAGUUGCUCGUAGCAAGAGGGGCCAAACAGUGUUUAGUCCUAUUUUUAGAGCAUAUUCUAUGACUAUUAUCUAAUGCAUUUCUUUAAUUUAAAAAAACAACCCUGUGUUUAACUUUGUAUUUUCAUAUAAACAUUCAUUUUUAAAUGCUGAGUGUCAAAUCCAGGCAUUUUUGAGCACCCUAAUUACAUAUUCCUACCAUAUCUAGUCCACAUCCUGUUCAGUUCAAUUCAGUUGCUCAGUCAUGUCUGACUCUUUGGGACCCCAUGGACUACAGCACACCAGGCCUCCCUGUCCAUCACCAACUCCCGGAGUUUACUCAAACACAUGUCCAUUGAGUCCGUGAUGUCAUCCAACCAUCUCAUCCUCUGUUGUCCCCUUCUCCUGCCUUCAAUCUUUCCCAGCAUCAGGGUCUUUUCCAAUGAGUCAGGUCUUCGAAUCAGAUGGCCAAAGUAUUGGAGUUUCAACUUCAGCAUCAGUCCUCUCAAAGAAUAUUCAGGACUGAUUUCUUUUAGGGUAGACUGGUUGUAUCUCUUUGCUGUCCAAGGGACUCUUAAGCAUCUUCUCCAACACCACAGUUCAAAAGCAUCAAUUCUUUGGCACUCAGCUUUCUGUAUAGUCCAACUCACAUCCAUACAUGACUACUGGAAAAACCAUAACUUUGACUAG